UCCACAACCAUCGAUGAUAGAUGAAGAAAAGUCAACAACCCUGCCAAGUUAACCCCCUUAAAGUAUGUGCAAGAAUUUGGCGUUUUUGGGGCUCUAGAGCGUGGGAGCGCCGCACAGUUGACAGCAAGCGAGAGCAGGAGUGAGAAACCGGCCCCUGGAACUCGGGGGGCGAUGGCGCACAACACAGGAGUGCUGCCCUUUGUGAGGGGCGUCGACUUCACUCGCAAUGACUUCAGCGAGGGCAAGUUUCCGGACGCAGUGGCGUACAUGACGGGGGUGCAGUGGCUGAAGCUGGACCGCACGCAGCUACGCAGCAUCCCCAAGGAGAUGGGCAGCCUGAUGAAGCUGGAGCACCUGUCGCUGACCCGCAACGAGUUGGAGAAGCUGCACGGGGAGCUGACCGAGCUCAACUGCCUGAGGAGCCUGAACCUGCGCCACAACAAGGUGAAGAGCUCCGGCAUUCCGGCCGAACUCUUCCACCUGGAGGAGCUGAGCACUCUGGACCUGAGCCACAACAACUUGAAGGAAGUGCCUGAGGGGCUGGAGCGCGCGCGGAGCCUCCUGGUGCUCAACCUCAGCCACAACCACAUUGACGCCAUCCCCAACGCGCUGUUCAUCAACUUGAGCGAUUUGCUGUUUCUGGACCUGAGCGACAACCGGCUGGAGACGCUGCCGCCCCAGACGCGCCGCCUCGCCAACCUGCAGACGCUGGUGCUGAACAACAACCCGAUGGGGCACUUCCAGCUGCGCCAGCUCCCCAGCCUGACCAGCCUGGAGACGCUCCAUCUGCGCAACACGCAGCGCAACCUCGCCAACUUCCCCCCCAGCUUGGAGAAUCUGCUCAGUCUGACCGAUGUGGAUCUGGCGCAGAACGCGCUCCCCCGCGUCCCGGACGCGCUCUACUCGCUGCCCAGCCUGCGCCGGCUGAACCUCAGCGACAACGACAUCGCUGAGCUCUCUUCGGCGGUCGAGAUGUGGCAGAAGCUGGAGACGCUCAAUGUGGCGCACAAUAAGCUGAGGGCGCUGCCCAGCGCCAUCUGCAAGCUGCAGAGCCUGCGCCGGCUCUACCUCAGCGACAACCAGCUGGACUUUGAAGGCAUCCCGGCGGGCAUCGGGAAGUUGGGGGCGCUGGAGGUGUUUGCGGCCGCCCACAACCGCCUGGAGAUGAUCCCGGAGGGGCUGUGCCGCUGCGGCUCGCUCAAGCGCCUCAACCUGAGCUCCAAUCGGCUGAUCACGCUGCCCGACGCCAUCCAUCUGCUGGGCGACCUGGACUGUCUGGACCUGAAGAACAACCCGGAGCUGAUCAUGCCGCCCAAGCCGUCGGAGGCGACGCGCGGCGCCGGCGUCGAGUUCUACAACAUCGACUUCUCCCUGCAGAACCAGCUGCGGCUGGCGGGCGCCAUGGCGCCCGCCCCUGCGCCCCCCCAAAGCGCCAGCAAGGACCCGAUGGCGCGCAAGAUGCGCCUGCGGCGCGGCCGGCGCGACCACGAGGAGGCCGACCAGGACCAGGCCAAGAUCCUGAAGGGCAUGAAAGACAUCGCGACUGAGAAGAACCGGCGCAUGCAGGAGGAGGAGGCCAAGGCCGAGUCGCUCAAGCCGCGCCGCUGGGACGAGGCGCUGGAAAAGCCGCCGCUCGACUACUCGGAGUUCUUCGAGGCGGACGCCGGCCAGCUGCCGGGCCUCACCAUCUGGGAGAUCGAGAACUUCCUGCCCAACCGCAUCGACGAGGUCGCCUACGGCAAGUUCUACGAGGGCGACUGCUACAUCGUGCUCAAAACGAGCGUGGACGAGAACCAGAGCCUCAACUGGGAGAUCUACUUCUGGAUCGGCGGCAAAGCCCCGCUCGACAAGAAGGCCUGCUCGGCCAUCCAUGCGGUCAAUCUGCGCAACUAUCUGGGGGCGCAGUGCCGCACCAUCCGCGAGGAGCAAGCCGACGAAUCGGACGAGUUUCUCAACCUGUUCGAGACGCAGAUCACGUACAUCCAGGGGGGCCGCACCUGCAGCGGCUUCUACACCGUCGAGGACCUGACGUUCGAGACGCGGUUCUACCGGGUGCACCCUGCGGGGCCCUCCAUUCACCUGGAGCCGGUGCCGAUCAGCGCCGCCUCCCUGGACCCGCGCUUCGUCUUCAUCCUGGACCAAGGCACCGCCAUUCACAUCUGGAACGGCAGGCGGGCCAAAAGCACGCUCAAGUCGAAGGCGCGGCUCAUGUGCGAGAAGAUCAACAAGAACGAGCGCAAGAACCGCGCGGAGAUCAGCAGCGAGGAGAGCGAGGCGUUCUGGCAGGGCACCGAGCCGCAGGUGUUCAAGUGCAAGUUUGCCGGCUGGGACGAAGUGAUUGCGGUCGACUUCACCCGCACGGCGGCCUCCGUGCAGAAGACUGGCGCCGACCUGACCAAGUGGGCGCAGACGCAGGAGACCAAGGCGGACCUCACCGCCCUGUUCACCCCCAGACAGCCGGCCACGGCGCUGGGCGAGGCGCAACAGCUGAUGGACGAGUGGAACGAGGACUUGGACAGCAUGGAGGCGGUGGUGCUGGAGGGGCGCAAGUUUGCGCGCCUGCCCGAGGAGGAGAUCGGGCACUUCUACACGCAGGACUGCUACGUGUUCAUCUGCCGCUACUGGGUGCCCCUGGACGACUCGGAGGCGCCCGCUGACGACAUCCAAGUGGUGGUGUUCUUCUGGCAGGGCCGCGAGGCCUCCAACAUGGGCUGGCUCACCUUCACCUUCACCCUGCAGAAGAAGUUCAAGGCGAUUUUUGGGGACAAGCUCGAGGUGGUGCGCACGCACCAGCAGCAGGAGAACAUCAAGUUCCUGGCGCACUUCCGGCGGAAGUUCAUCAUCCACCAGGGCAAGCGCAAGGCGCGCGACGCCAGCGCUGUGGAGUUUUACCACCUGCGGUCCAACGGCAGCGCCAUCUACACCAGGCUGAUCCAGAUCGCGCCCGACGCCGCCCUGCUCAACUCCGCCUUCUGCUACCUGCUCAAGGUGCCGUUCGAGCAGGACGACAACCCGGACUCGGGCAUCGUCUAUGUGUGGAUCGGCAGCCAGGCCGAUCCGGACGAGGCGCGCCUCAUCCAGGACAUCGCCGAAGAGAUGUUCAACAGCCCGUGGGUCACGCUGCAGGUGCUCGCCGAAGGCGAGGAGCCCGACAACUUCUUCUGGCUGGCGCUGAACGGGCGCAAGCCCUACGAGGCCGACGCCAGCUUCAUGCAGUUCACGCGCCUGUUCCGCUGCUCCAACGAAAAGGGCUUCUUUGUGGUGUCGGAGAAAUGCUCGGACUUUUGCCAGGACGAUCUGGCGGAUGAUGACAUCAUGAUCCUUGACAACGGGCAGCAAGUGUUUCUGUGGCUGGGGUCGAAGUGCAGCGAGGUGGAGAUCAAGUUGGCCUUCAAGUCGGCCCAGGUCUACAUCCAGCACAUGCGGGCGAAGCAGCCGGAGCGGCCGCGCGGCCUCUUCCUCACCGCCAAGAACAAGGAGUCGAAGCGCUUCACCAAGUGCUUCCACGGCUGGGGGCCGCACAAGCGCCCCCCCGAAUAGGUACAUCUAUGACUUCAUUUAACAGACACACACACACACGCGCGCGCGCGCUCUUUUUAUAUAUAUAUUUAUGUCUAUGCACUAACUGCGACAAGAAUAAACACAAUAAAUAAACUA